AACACAGCACAUAUCAGACAACAUGAGGCUGCUCUCGCUCCUCACCACGGCGAUACUGCCAUUGACUGCUCUGGCUGCCAAGGACACGGGCGAUCGAUUCGAAAUAGCGAGCUCGAAACCGCAGCCAGCCCGACUCGACGACAAAUCUUACGAACAGCUCACCAAAGCUCCUCGCGACUACUCCGUGGCAGUACUCUUGACGGCAUUGGACGCUCGCUUCGGGUGUCAGCUGUGCAAUCAGUUCCAACCAGAAUGGGAUAUGCUAGCAAAGAGCUGGACCAAGGGAGAUAAGACGAAGGAGUCGAGGCUGGUCUUCGCGACCCUGGACUUUCUGGACGGCAAGGCCACCUUCCAGUCGAUGAUGCUUCAAACUGCUCCAGUACUGCUCUUAUUCCAUCCUACUACUGGCCCACACGCAAACACCGAUAAACCAAUGGAGAGGCUGGAGUUCAACACUGGCAUCAGCACUGCCGAGCCUGUGCAUAGCUGGCUCUCCCGCCUAUUGCCUGGUCGUCCACAUCCUCCAGUGGUCCGCCCAAUCAACUACAUCAAGAUUGCAACGACGACUGUUGCAGUCCUCGGCGGUUUGACCUUUCUCACAGUGGCUGGCCCAUACCUUCUGCCGGUGAUUCAGAGCCGCAACCUCUGGGCAGCCAUCAGCUUGAUUGCAGUGCUUCUCUUCACCUCCGGACACAUGUUCAACCACAUCAGGAAAGUGCCAUAUGUGGCUUCCAAUGGUAAGGGAGGCGUCAGCUAUUUCUCUGGUGGCUUUCAGAGCCAAUUUGGAAUGGAGACGCAGAUUGUUGCUGCUAUCUAUGGCGUUCUCUCCUUCGCGACUAUCAGCCUGGCGAUCAAGACCCCUCGCAUCGUUGAUCCACGUCAGCAAAAGAUGGCUGUCAUGGUUUGGGGUGGCAUUAUCCUUCUCGUCUACUCUUUCCUGCUCAGCGUUUUUCGAGUGAAGAAUGGCGGAUAUCCGUUCUGGCUACCACCGUUCUAGUGGUUCUGACGGAGUCUCGCGGAAGAGCAAAAAAUUGCGUAGCUUAUUGGUCUACAGCAUUAUGCAUCUGUACUAAACAUUGUAGCAUACCAAAACACAAUGAACGAUUCUGGAAAGGAGUACUGC